AUGGCGCAAGCGCAACCCUACGACUUCAUCUCCAAGAUCGUGAGCUUAGGUGAUAGUGGAAGCGGCAAAUCGUCUGUAUGAUCUAUCCUGUCUCCCGAAGAGAUAUACCAAGAUGUCCUCAGCAUCAAAGCUGAUGCAGCUCAGCUGACUAUCCGGCUCUGCGAAGGUCGCUUCGUCUCCCACCACGAUGUAACCAUCGGCGUCGAAUUCGGCUCGAGGAUCGUUCCUGUAGGACCACCUGCGAGUCUAGAACAUAAUAUCAAUAAUCCUGCCGCGACUUCGAGUACACCUACUACCAAGUCGCCGAAUGACACAACAGGGAAGAAGUCGAAAGAUGCUGCCAAAGAACCCCAGCAAAAGUAUAUGAAGUUGUCAUUAUGGGAUACGGCCGGCCAGGAGACGUACAAAUCGAUUACAAGGAGUUACUUCCGCGGCGCAUCGGGCGCACUGCUGGUAUUUGAUAUCACAAGAAGAAACACCUUCGCCUCUGUGACAGCCUGGCUCAACGACCUACGGCAAAUCGCAGAAGACGACAUCGUGGUGGUACUCGUGGGGAACAAAUCAGAUCUGGCCGCUUCAUCAACAAUAUCUGGGGAUGAUACAGCUCCAAAUCGAAGACAAGUCACGAGAGAAGAAGCAGAAGAGUGGUGCAAGCAGAACAGGGUGAUGCAGUAUGUGGAGACGUCUGCGAAGAGCGGUGAGAAUGUCGAAAGGGCGUUCUUGGAGGUCGCAGAGAGGAUAUAUCAGAACAUUGAGGCAGGGAAAUACGAUCUGAAUGAUCGAAGAAGUGGUGUCAAAGGCCCAGGAUCCGGUGGUGGUGGAGCGGGAAGGGCGGUUAAGUUGGGUGUGUCGGAUGGCAAUACAGCGAAGAAGGCUGGGUGCUGUUGAACCAGGCUUGGAAUAGAGGAGGUCAAGGUUCUGUUCCUCCAUAUGAAAUCUCUCAAUGAGCUUAUCGUCAAAUCUCCGUAUCGGUCUGUGGUCACUCAGGGUCUUCAGAAGCAUGCCGAGGAGAAGCUUUUGAAUCGCAAACGUGAGAAGAUUAGUGUUUGUACGAGCGGCAACAUAGGCGUAGGCAAGGAACAUUAUGCAGAGAGGAUGGGCCAGCUACUGACACCAUCUAGAAAAGAGCGCCACGCUCAACUCCAUCUUCCUCGCCGGGAACAUUGCCAAAGAGGUAAGUUCUCCUGCAUGACUGUGUCCAACUCAUUUCUGAUGUUCGGCAGGGUGAUGCAGGCGCGAGUUGUACUCUGGCGACCCAGUCUUUGAACCCACCACGAUCGGGCCAGAAAGAGCCAUUCUUGGCCGAAGUCAAGUUCUACAACGGGAAGGAGCGUCGCGAAAUCUUGGAGAGCUACGUCCGGGACUUCUUCAGGGCUUUCCACAGCAUAAGGUAGACGACGACGAAUAUGGAGCUCAACCGGAGAAUGAUUUCGACGAGAACCCUGCCAUCAAAGAUGAGGUGGCGAACUCCUUGGUCACGCUCUUCAAAGACCAGGCAGAGUGCUCCACCAAGAAAGCAGCUCGACGAUUUCUCGGAGACGCCAACUCGGAAGAUGAUCCAGAGAUCAUCAACAAGCUCAUUGGAUGGUCAGACAACCUGAUCCGUCGCGCCUCGGGAAAGCAAGAGGAGGUUGAGGUCACGGCAUCAACUGCGGGCGAGCUGCUAGGCAAGCUUGAGGAGUUCGCAAUUGAGGUCGACGCUGAUGAUGGAAGCGCUGGAUCGUCUUUGUGGCCCUUCGUCUCAUGCAUCAAUGUUCACUUUAAGGAUCCUCUCACCGAAAUUGGCAUGGUCUUUUACGACACACCCGGCCUCACAGAUCGCAACAAGACUCGCCGUAGGAGCGCUCUCAAGUAUGCCCGCCAGAAGACUCACGCCAUAAUUGUGACUGAUGUCGCUCGUGCUCAAGACGACCCCAGCGUUGCAGCGGAAGUCAAGGCAAUGAAGAGUCGCGGUCAUGGACGAGUCGUCAUCGCAUCUCCCAAGAGCGAUGUCAUUUGGCGAUGGGACCAUUCCUUCGGGAAGCAAGAGAGAUAAGGAUAUGAUCAAGGAGUUCUUGAAGGUUCAUGAAAAGCUCGAAGCAAAGCUUGGAGAUCUUGACGAGAAAAUUCAAAACUGCGACGAUGAGGGUGACGGCGAGGAGUUUGCAAAGCUGAGCCAACAGAAGCGGAAGUUAGAGGUCCUCGUCAAGCGUGCCGAGAAUGCAGAAAAGGCACACCGUAUCAACAUGCGAAGCCAACACAACAAGAGCAAGCUUCAGGAGAAGCUCCAAGAUCUGACGACGACCAGCAGCCCAAUACCGGUCUCCUCGAUCUCAAACAAAGCAUACUGCCAGCAUCAGGUCGGAUACCAAGCUAAGAACGCGCCAGUACUGACGCUCGAGGAGACCGGGAUACCGGAGCUGCGCCGCCUGCUCUUCAGCUUCCCCAAUGAGGCGCGACUCAACGAAGCCUCUUUCCAGCUGAACGAGGUCAUUCCCACUCUCAUUACCCGUCUCAUGCUCUACACUUCGCGGACUCCCUUGGAGCGCAAGGAGGAGCUCGAAAAGCAUGUCUUGAUUCCAAAGGGAAAGUUUGCUUCGAUUAUCGAGCAGUCUUUCGUGCAGGUCUUCGAGCGACUCAAGGAAGUCAUCGUCGCUGAGCUGCAGAAGGAUGAGUUGGCUUGGGCCCAGGAGGCUCGCGCUCUGUGCUCGGACUAG